UAUGAUAAGUAUUACGGGUCUUAACGUAGGAAGAGAUAACUCAUGGUCAAAAUCAGCACAUUUUUAAUCGUUUCUCAGAUCUGGGAAUUUAUUUGAGGACGUGAAUCGAAAAACAACUUGUAAACAAAUUUAAAUUAAUUUAAAUUAGUAUAGUCAUGCAAUUUGCACCAUGGAUAUCAAAAAAGGUACAGAAAUUUGUAAUAUUCAAUAUUAAAAAAACUCGUUUUUCAUUAUUUUUUGCACUUUAUCGCUUAUCGCUUAUCAAACUUAAAAUGGCCGUAAAUCAAACUCUGAUAAUCUCCAUAUCCGAAAAAAAAGUUAUCAAUAUUAACCAGAACAGAAAACGUCAAUUUCGUCCAGAGACUUGGAAAGAUAAUGUAGCAAAACGUCGCCGUAAUCGAGGUGAACCUUACGUGUCUCGCAAUAACAUUCCCAGGGCUGGCAAAAAUGCGCCGACAAUGGUUAAAGUUUGCUCUGCUCGAUGCCCACAUAAUGGUUGCGUCCUUCUCACCCUGCCAGAAAAAUUGCAGCUAUUCCAAGAGUAUUAUAAUAUGGGGACUUACGAAUUGCAGAGAACCUAUCUCUUAGGUUUGAUGGAUAACCUAGGCCACAACGGGAAUGGGAACAUAUUCGAAUAUCACAUAAAGAUUGGUGGAAUACGGCGAACGGUUUGCAAGAGGACGUGGCAAGAUACUUUCCAAAUUUCAGAGGCAGUUGUAAAAUCAAUGCAGGAAAAAUGUGAGCGUGGUCACAACAGUGUGUUCGAUGGAAGGGGACGCCAUACAAACCACACAGUUAAUCCAGCCGCCCUUAAUGUCGCAAUUAUGGCGCACAUUAACACAUACCCAAGAUAUGAGCAUCACUAUUGCACUGCAAAGCUUGGACAAUUCUACUUGUCGCCGGACCUAACUUUGGAUGCUAUGUUUGCCGAUUUUGUUAUCAAGCAUCCUAUGAUUGCCGACGCCCACAGAAAGGAACAAGUCUAUAGAAGAUGUUUUCGGGAUAGUAACUUGACCAUUGGACACACGUACACUGAUACUUGCCGAAAAUGUGACAUUCUUGAUCUGGAACUUAAAAUAGCUCGGAGAAAUAAUAACGUGCGUCAGAUUGAUGUGGCGGUGGACGCAAGGCGUGUACAUCUCGAUUUCGCUGCUAUUGCCAGAAAUCAGCUUAUUCAGGACGAAUUGCGAAGCCAGAAUGACCCUUAAUUUGUCAUGAUAUGUGGUGAUAUGCAGAAGGUUUUAUUUUGCCCGACGUUGACCCACAGUGAAGUUUUCUAUAAGCGACAGUUAAGCACAUACAACUACUGCUUGUAUCUUGGAAGAACAGGUCAUGGAACAAUGGCAGUUUGGAACGAAUCUGUGGGAAAUCGGGGAGUUGAUGAGGUUUGUUCUGUUCUACUGGAGUAUAUAGCCACAAAUUUUAUUCGGCUGCAGCCUGGUCAGGAAAGGACACUUAUCUUCUGGUGUGACCGAUGUCGUGGCCAAACAAACAAUUACCAGAUACUAUGUUUUUUCAAAUUUCUCAUUCAAGAAGGAUAUUUCACUGCGGCUGAACAGAAACUCGCUCCCACGGGCCACUCGUACAUGCCAGCAGACCGGUUAUUUGGCUUGAUAGAGCAGAAAAAGAAGAACGCUUCCGUUAUGGUCCCAGACGAAUGGAUUAAUAUUAUCCGUUCAACCUGUCCAUUUAAUAUACAACGAGUGACACAAAUGAACAUUUACAAUUUCAAGGGGAUGGAGGAGUUUAUUCCAAGGCCAGCCAGUUUAAAAGUCAGUGAAAGUUGCUGGUUUCGGGUGACAGCAGCAAGUCCUUCAUUGAUUCUUACAAGAGAACAUUUCGCCCCUGGAUUUUGGACGGAGCACAUAAUAAGACAACCUCAUAUCAGUGGACCAAUUGGUCGUCGCCCGCAUUGGAACGGUCAAUGUUUAGCUCCCUUUGUUCUUGUAGUUAAAUACAAUCAUCCUAUUCCUAUUUCAAGAGAAAAACAUGACGACCUCAUGUCUAUGCUCCCAUUACUUAUGCCAGAGUAUCGCCAAUUUUACAGGAAUUUGCCUCGCGCAUGAGGAAGUUCAAGUAUUUAUAUUUUUUAAGCUUGUCCUUGCGUUACAUACAUCAUUUCCACCUGUUACCUCGUAAAUGUAUGAUUAUUUAAAAAGAUGCGAGUAAACUUUAAACCAUGUUAAAGAAAAGUUAUAAUAA